ACCUCGAACGGAGACGUCGAGAACGCUGGCUAGAACGAUCAGUCGAGCUCCUUGCAGAUGUCUUUGUCACCGAUUUAUUUCGAACCCGACAAUAAUGAAGACUAUGCUGCAACCGAACUUCUCGAAGUUCCAAAGAAGAAAACAGCUAGGAGAAGUUUGGAAAGCCAGUUUGAAACAUGUAUACAAGAAAAACCUGUCACUCCACAGCCGACAGUUGGCGUGGAACAACAAGUCAAUGUUCAGUUACCAAAGGAAACAAUAGAGUCAAGUCUUAGUGAUAUAGUGCCCCACGGAAAGGACCACGAUGCCAUGAAUGAAAUGCUGCCUACAAGACUUUUUCAGCAGGUACUGCCAGCGACAAGCACAGAGAGUAUAGGUAGUGCAUCUUCUUACAGACAAAGAAGUAAAUCACCAACUAGAACCCCAAGCUUCUGUGCGGCCAUCUCUGCAUCUCUCAUGUCACUUGAGGAAGAAAUAAGAAAGAAGGAGGCUGACAUGUUGGCAUCAAGAAACAAACUGUUGAAAAUAAAAUCAAGUACACCGAAAAGCAUAGCCUCCCUUCCUCCAUCACCCCAGGUUCCCAACCAGACCAGCACCCCAGCUCCAGAUCAGAUUAUUUCCAUGUCAACAUCCCAAUGUAAUACAAGUGAAAGUGAUUCUGUAGUGUGUCGUAUUUGCCAUGAUGGAGACAGCAGUGAAGAACUUGUCUCUCCUUGCUAUUGUACUGGAAGUGUUGGCGCCCUCCAUUUGACCUGCCUUGAAAGGUGGCUGGGUACCUCGAACACAACCAAAUGUGAGAUAUGUAAAUAUGAGUUCAAAGUAGAAAGGAAACCAAGACCAAUUAUAGAAUUUCUGCGACACCCGGCCUCUGCAUCAGAUCGGAAAAAUCUGGCAUGUGACUUGGUGUGCUUCAUAGUGCUCACACCACUGACUGUGUGCAGUGCUUUUCUGUGUUUGAUGGGGGUAAAACAUUACUCCCAGUGGAGUGGGCAGUGGGAAGUUCCUGGUCUAGCUUCACUGACUGCCUGUCUUCUCACAGUUUAUACAAUCUGGUGUUGUGUUGCUGUUAAACACCACAUCCAAGUUGUGACAGACUGGCGAAAGAAGAACCAGAUCAUCAAAAUCAUCUAUUUGUCACCUACCAAAGGAAAGACAGUGUUGCAUACCGAGACUGUCUGUGAUGUUAACAACAAUGCCAGGUCUCCCGCACAGACACCGAUAUCCCACAGUGCCAACACUCCUCGCAGCUCACAGUGUCGAGAACUACCCCAGGACACUCCCAAGUCCUACAACACUGCGAUGCUGAAACCUAUUCUGAAGUAUUCUGUUAAUCUCCAAGCUUACAGUCAUCCCUCUGGACUAGACACAACUGGUGCAUCAGUUUCUCACACCAUUUUGUGGGGGGGAACUGAUUCUAUGGAAUGCAGUUCUAACCCCAUCAUGAUAACACGAGCUACUAGUUCACAAAUGAUGGCUGUUCUUGGCAAGGAGACAUAUGUUUAGCAAACUUUGAUUUGAUUAUAAAUUUAUAUUCAGCAAGAAACAAAAAGCAGAUAAAAAAUUAUGACAAAAAUGUUUUUGAAUUGAUAUGUAUUACAGGACAGUUGCAUGUUGAAAAUAACACUAAAAUGUCAAAAGAAUUGUAUUAUUGCCAUGCUUCAGCCAAGUUUGACAAAACUGAGAGAGUUGAAAUAUUAAGACCUGUUUACUCAUCAACAUAUGAAUAGUUAUACAUUGUGAUUGCAAUUAUUUGAACGUUUGCUUUUUCCAUAUUUGUUGCAGAAAAUAUAGUAGCAAUUGUUUUGCAUUCCACUUAUACAUUAUUUUCUCACUUGUCAUAAAAUAUUCAUAUUUGUAUUGCAUGUAUAUAUACAGUGUUACAACAAUGACUGUUGAGUUGGAUGACUGGCUGUUAUAGGAAACAUUAUGUCUUCACGUUUGCUUAUUUACAUCUAUUUACAAGAUGAUAUUUCAUAACAUAAUCCAUUCUCAACAGUUCCACAUCAUCAUUAUUGUAUAGUCUAAUUGUAUAUGAAAAGUUAAAACGGACAUUGUCUCAACCUGAAAUUAAUCUGUGAUACAGUUUUGCAAUGCUGAUAAACAUUCUGAAUCUGUGAUACUUGUUUCUACACAAGUGUAUAUUAUUUGACAUAUUCUUGAAAACUCUGCACGUUUGUAUUUAUUUCAGCAUAUGUUUACAAUUGUUGUUCAAAUCUAGUUUGAUAACAAUAAAUUGGUCAAACUUU